AAGAUUAUACAGACCACAUUCCAACAUUAGUGCAACAAUCAAACCCUGAACCAAACAAACAGAAAAAAGAAAAACGUGUGCAUUAACCCCGCGCACGACAGCGCCAACCAGCGUCAAUCCCUCUAAACUCAAAAGGUCCAUGUACGCCUACGAGAGCCCCCACGACAACUUUGCCAUCGGAUUGCUCAAGUCCAGUGCUUCUGCACAAAUUCUGUAAGGCAAAAUUACAUACCAGAAAAUACUUUGUAAAACAAACCCCAGCCAAUAGGCAGAGUAAACACAAAGAACAUGUAGAUUCAUUCACAGAACUGUCUCAAAGGUGUGAUACUCCACAAAACAAAAUUCAACCGAUAUAAAGCCGUUCAGUUUCCUCGGACAAACAAACAAGUGAUCAGUGAGCCGGCUGUUUAUGAGUGCAGCAGAUGACAUAAUCAUUCUAAUGUCCUGCAAAAAUACACCACAAAACAAACUCCAGUCAACAGGAGGCAUAAGCACAAGGAACGAACAGAUUCAUCCACAACAGUCCUGAAGCAGUGUUAUUCCACAAACUAAACUCCAGCCACUAGGCGGAACCAGCACAAAAAGAAACAAAACAGGCGUCCCGGUUCCUCGGAUGGUCAAGAGUCAAGUUCACUCGGAGGCCGCAUAAAAAAAAAAAAAAAAUACACCAUGACUUUCUCAGUCCAUUAACUUUAUAGAAGACGUCCUAUUUUGUGGCUAUCUCCAGCAUCCACACUCAAUCUGGCCGGGAACCCCAGUGCAAAAGCGAUACUCUGUCAAUGCAAAAGUUUCUUGAAGGAGAAGUGUUAUUCUACAAUACAAACUUCAGCCGCUAGGCGGAACCAACACAAACAGAAACAAAAAUGGUGCCCAACUUCCUCAGACAAUCGAGUGUAUUUUCUGGGAGUCAAUCCACUCACAUAAGAAACACCAAAUGGCUUACUCACUCCAAUGUAUUUAUGAAGGACAGUGCUUGUUUGGGACACGUAAAUACUUUGCGGCCAUCCUUCGUUUCUAUUCUCAGUUCUAAACAUCAGUGCAAAAGCGAUCUUCCGUUGAUGCAAGAGUUUCUUACACUCCUUGAAUCGAUCACGUUUCUCUCUUGUCGAAUUCGCAAAGUCCGGGGACAAGAAAAUAUUGUGAUUCUUCCAAGAAAGCUUUCCUUUGCUCCUCGCGCAACACGAGAUCUUUAUCGGAUGAUCUCAGAAAUUUUGGUCAGAAUUGAUCGGGGCCUGUCUCCCUCAGCAGAUUUGCAAGCCGGGACUCUGUGAGCUCGCUCGAUUUCCAGCUUAUGGCCUGUUAUGUCGAGCAGACACUGGAAGAGCUCGUCUAGGAAUUUCACCAUAUCUCUGCCUUCUUCAGAGAAUGAAUUCCAAAUCAACUUUGUUCGCCAGCGGAUUAUCAGAUAAUUCCCUCUUCGAUGACUCCAGAUAAUCUAUCCGUUUCUCAACAUCUGCCACUCUUGUAACCAACUCAGAUCAUUUUGUUUCCAACGCCGUAAUCGAUCGACAUCUUACAGCGAGAUCCUCCAAGUCAGCAACAACCUUCGUCAGCAUCACAAACAUGUUGGACAGUUGACACUGAAUUUCCCUGGCUGCCCCAUCCAAAUCGAGUCCGCAGUCUGCAGGCCCAUCAGAGGUUUCAGCUUGAGCACGGUGUUUUAAGGAUGACCGGAUAGUGUUCUGGACAUGGAUGUUCUCCACAUACUUCAUGGAGAAAUGGUCGCCGCGUCAGGAUGAUAUGCUCUUCUAUGUGAGACGCAAGCUCUCGUAUGUCAGUGCCGACAGCACCGAAGGAAAAAAGGUGGAGGUUGAAGUUUAUAGAAGAGAUUCGAAAAAGCUUCCUGGACUGGGUGAUCCCGAUAUUGACUGGGAGGAGAGCGUGUAUCUCAACCUUAUCCUGCAGAAACUGGACUAUGUGGUCACAUGCGCAGUUUGCACACGCUCAGAUGCAGGAGACAUUCACAUCCACAAGAAGAAAUCACAGCAAGUUUUUGCCUCUCCGAGCAAACACCCCAUGGACAGCAAAGGUGAAGAGUCCAAAAUGAGCUACCCAAACAUAUUCUUCAUGAUCGACAACUUUGAGGAGGUGUUCAGUGAUAUGACUGUUGGAGAAGGUGAAAUGGUUUGUGUGGAGCUGGUGGCCAGUGACAAGAGCAACACAUUCCAGGGCGUUAUCUUCCAGGGGUCCAUCCGCUACGAAGCCCUCAAGAAAGUCUAUGACAACCGGGUAAGUGUGGCAGCUAAGAUGGCGCAGCGCAUGUCUUUCGGCUUCUACAAGUACAACAACAUGGAGUUUGUGCGGAUGAAAGGUCCUCAGGGCAAAGGUCACGCUGAGAUGGCUGUGAGUCGAGUGCCCACUGGAGACACCUCGCCCUGUGGCACUGAAGAAGACCAAGAUUCCCCACUCCACGAGAGGGUGACAUCUUUCAGCACCCCCCCGACCCCAGAGAGAAACAGACCCUCCUUCUUCUCACCAUCACUGCGCCGCAAAGUGCCCCGAAACCGAAUCGCUGAGAUGAAGAAAUCACACUCUGCAAAUGACAGCGAGGAGUUUUUUAGAGAGGAAGAUGAUGAAGACAUGUGCAACACCACAAACCUGCGUUCGCGAUCUCUGUCCGGGACGGGUCGAUCACUGGUGGGUUCUUGGCUAAAGCUGAACAGAAAAGAGGAGUAUUUCCUGCUGUAUUCUCAUCUCACCUAUGUGACUCUUCCUUUGCAUCGCAUCACCACAGAUAUUAUGGAGGUGAGACAAAAGUCCAUUUUGAUGUUCUAGCAUUUCCUGACUUCUAAACCACGUUAUCAAGUGCCUCCUCACAUCAGGCCCACAAGGAACUGCCAUCUGGUGUCUGGACAGAUUACCAAAAAAAUACAAAUAAUACACAACAGCAAAAGAGAAGAGGAGAAAGAGAAACUUGAGGAAUAAUAUCCCUCAAGAAGUGCCUCUACUAAAAGUUCUUCUGUGGAAUCGACGCGACCAGCAGAAACGACUCAAGGCCUGAAACUAAAAAGGCACUAUAUAACACCAGACAUUGAUGCAAAAGGGAAAUGUUUAAUGGGAAAUAAGACAAAGAAUAAACGAAUGUCUUUCUUGUAAAUACA